AAAGAUAGUUAUAAGAAAUCAUGUUUCUAUGGUUUAAGCAAACGUUUUUCUUCUACUUUGAUUACUUAACAGUCCAAACACAAAGCAGCCAAACUGUACUUUCUCUGCUGUUGCAUCCGCAUUUAACUGGAGUUCUAAAUGGACAGGGUUUGAAUUGCCCUAGUUUUGUUCUAGCAUAUUUUCACCAGUGAGACUGUGAGCCCUCAGUCAGCCAGCAGUGCUUCUUCAGCCUUCAGCUUACUGGAAGUUUAAGAAAAGUAUUGAACUAUUUAUUCUUAGACGAUACUUUGGAGGACAGAGAAAAAUCUGCUGCUGCACCUGCUUUAGGUGGCGAUAUUUCCAGACGUGGAAAGACACAGGCAAGCACCCCUAUCUUUGGGUGCCUCAAACCUCAAAAAUUCAUUAAAUGUCUAGUAAGUACCAUGUACAAUGUAGGAAAACUGAUAGGAGUUUAAAGGUGCAAGCUUGGAGGGAAUGAGAAUCUGUGAAUCCCAGAGACAGAAGCAGCCCUGAUGGCCAUCCCCACUGACCUUCUGUCCAGGUGGACACCUGCGUUCCUAGGCUGCCGGCUCCCUUCCAGUACAACAGGGUUUGGAUUCCUGAUCCUGAAGAAGUUUGGAAGUCUGCUGAAAUAGCCAAGGACUACAGAGUUGGUGACAAGAUCCUGCGGCUCCUGCUGGAGGAUGGAACGGAGCUGGAUUAUUCCGUCGAUCCAGAAUCUCUGCCUCCGCUUCGGAAUCCUGACAUCCUUGUGGGCGAGAAUGACCUCACGGCCCUCAGCUAUCUCCACGAGCCCGCAGUGCUCCACAACCUCAGAAUCCGCUUUGCAGAAUCCAAGCUUAUUUACACCUACAGUGGUAAGGAGAGCAUUUCUAGGAGGAAUCAUUUUGGUGGCCAUGAAUCCUUACAAGCAGCUGCCGAUAUACGGAGAUGCCAUCAUCCACGCCUACAGCGGGCAGAACAUGGGUGAUAUGGACCCACACAUAUUUGCUGUGGCAGAAGAGGCAUAUAAGCAGAUGGCCAGAAACAACAGAAACCAGUCCAUCAUUGUAAGUGGGGAGUCAGGUGCUGGGAAGACAGUGUCAGCUCGCUAUGCCAUGAGGUACUUUGCCACCGUCAGCAAAUCAGGCAGCAACACUCACGUGGAGGACAAGGUCCUAGCGUCCAACCCCAUCACCGAGGCUGUCGGAAAUGCCAAGACCACACGCAAUGACAAUAGCAGUCGGUUUGGAAAAUACACAGAAAUCAGUUUUGAUGAGCGAAAUCAGAUUAUAGGAGCCAACAUGAGAACUUACCUCCUGGAGAAAUCCAGAGUUGUCUUUCAAUCGGAAAAUGAACGAAAUUACCACAUUUUCUAUCAGCUUUGUGCAUCUGCACAGCAGUCAGAAUUUAAACAUCUUAAAUUGGGCAGUGCUGAAGAAUUUAAUUAUACAAGAAUGGGAGGUAAUACUGUCAUUGAAGGUGUGAAUGAUCAAGCUGAAAUGGUCGAAACUCAGAAGACCUUUACGCUUCUGGGUUUCAAGGAGGAUUUUCAGAUGGAUGUUUUUAAAAUCCUGGCGGCCAUCCUACAUCUGGGCAACGUGCAGAUCGCCGCGGUGGGCAGCGAGAGGUCCUCCAUUAGUGAGGAUGACCAUCACCUGGAGGUGUUCUGUGAGCUCCUGGGUCUUGAGAGUGGCAGAGUCGCUCAGUGGCUGUGCAAUCGCAGAAUUGUCACAAGCUCUGAGACAGUGGUGAAACCCAUGACCAGGCCUCAGGCUGUCAACGCCAGGGAUGCACUGGCCAAGAAGAUCUAUGCUCACCUGUUUGACUUCAUUGUGGAGAGCAUUAACCAAGCGUUGCAGUUUUCAGGCAAGCAGCACACUUUUAUUGGUGUUUUGGACAUUUAUGGUUUUGAAACCUUUGAUGUGAACAGCUUUGAACAAUUUUGCAUCAAUUAUGCUAAUGAAAAACUGCAACAACAGUUUAACAUGCAUGUCUUCAAACUGGAACAAGAAGAAUACAUGAAGGAAAAUAUCCCUUGGACUCUGAUAGAUUUCUAUGACAAUCAACCAGUUAUUGACCUGAUUGAAGCAAAAAUGGGAAUUUUGGAGUUAUUGGAUGAAGAAUGCUUGUUACCACAUGGAACUGAUGAAAACUGGCUUCAAAAGCUGUAUAAUAAUUUUGUCAACAAGAAUCCUUUGUUUGAAAAGCCUAGAAUGUCAAACACAUCCUUCGUCAUCCAGCACUUUGCCGAUAAGGUAGAAUAUAAAUGUGAAGGUUUCCUUGAGAAAAACAGAGACACCGUCUAUGACAUGCUGGUUGAAAUCCUGAGAGCAAGCAAGUUUCAUCUCUGUGCCAGCUUUUUUCAAGAAAAUCAAGUUCCUCCUUCUCCUUUUAGUUCGAUGAUUACGGUUAAAUCUGCCAAGCAAGUCAUCAAGCCAAACAGCAAGCACUUCCGGACCACCGUGGGGAGCAAGUUCCGCAGCUCUCUGUACUUGCUCAUGGAGACCCUCAAUGCGACGACACCGCACUACGUUCGAUGCAUUAAGCCAAAUGAUGAGAAGUUACCCUUUGAAUUUGACUCCAAAAGAAUUGUUCAGCAGCUGCGAGCCUGCGGUGUGCUAGAAACGAUUCGCAUUAGUGCACAGAGCUACCCUUCCAGGUGGACAUACAUAGAGUUCUACAGCCGCUACAGCAUUCUCAUGACCAAGCAAGAGCUUUCCUUCAGCGAUAAAAAGGAGGUGUGCAAGGCUGUUUUACACAGAUUCAUCCAGGAUUCUAAUCAGUACCAGUUUGGUAAAACCAAAAUUUUCUUCAGAGCCGGACAAGUGGCUUAUUUAGAGAAACUUCGACUGGAUAAACUGCGGCAGAGUUGUGUGAUGAUACAAAAGCACAUUCGUGGCUGGCUCCAGAGGAAAAAAUUCCUCCGGGAGAGACGAGCCGCCCUGAUAAUCCAGCAGUACUUCCGGGGUCAGCAAACCGUGAGGAAAGCUAUUACUGCAAUGGCCUUAAAAGAAGCCUGGGCAGCCAUAAUCAUUCAGAAGCACUGCCGUGGAUAUCUUGUUUGCAGUCUGUAUCGGCUGAUUCGCGUGGCUACCAUCACCAUCCAGGCCUACACCCGAGGAUUCCUGGCAAGGAGGAGGUAUCGAAAGAUGCUGGAAGAACACAAGGCCGUGAUCCUGCAGAAAUAUGCACGGGCAUGGCUGGCCAGACGCAGAUUCCAGAGUAUCCGACGAUUCGUGCUCAACAUUCAGCUUACUUACAGGGUCCAGCGUUUGCAGAAAAAGUUGGAAGAUCAGAACAAAGAAAACCAUGGGCUGGUGGAGAAGCUGACCAGCCUGGCUGCUCUUCGAGCUGGGGAUGUGGAAAAGAUUCAGAAGCUGGAAACAGAGCUAGAAAGAGCAGCCACCCACAGGCAGCAUUACGAGGAGAGGGGGAAGAGAUACAGGGGUACCGUGGAAGAGAAAUUGGCAAAGCUUCAGAAGCAUAAUUCAGAACUGGAAACAGAGAAAGAAAAAAUACAGCUGAAGCUUCAAGAGAAGACUGAAGAGUUGAAAGAAAAAAUGGACAACCUCACCAAGCAGCUCUUUGAUGAUGUACAAAAGGAAGAACGACAAAGAAUGCUUCUUGAAAAAAGUUUUGAACUGAAAACACAAGACUAUGAGAAGCAGAUUCAGUCUUUGAAAGAAGAAAUUAAAGCUCUUAAUGAUGAGAAGAUGCAACUCCAACACCUGGUGGAGGAGGGGCGCAUCACUUCUGAUGGCUUGAAGGCGGAAGUGGCCCGCCUGAGCUCGCAGGCCAAGACAAUCUCAGAGUUCGAAAAAGAGAUAGAACUACUUCAGGCACAGAAGAUAGACGUGGAGAAACAUGUACAGUUACAAAAACGGGAAAUGAGAGAAAAGAUGUCAGAGAUCACCAAACAACUUCUUGAAAGCUAUGACAUUGAAGAUGUAAGAAGCAGGCUCUCUGUGGAAGAUUUGGAACAUUUAAAUGAGGAUGGAGAACUCUGGUUUGCUUAUGAAGGACUAAAGAAAGCAACACGUGUUUUGGAGAGCCAUUUUCAGUCUCAGAAGGAUUGCUAUGAAAAGGAGAUUGAAGCUUUGAACUUCAAAGUGGUGCAUCUAAGUCAAGAAAUCAACCACCUGCAGAAGUUAUUCAGAGAAGAAAAUGACAUCAAUGAAAGCAUCCGUCAUGAAGUUACCAGGCUAACAUCAGAGAACAUGAUGAUCCCAGACUUUAAACAGCAAAUUUCAGAACUAGAGAAGCAGAAGCAAGAUCUUGAAAUCCGCCUGAAUGAACAAGCUGAGAAAAUGAAAGGAAAACUAGAAGAAUUGUCUAAUCAGUUAAAUCGCAGUCAAGAGGAGGAAGGAACACAAAGAAAGGCCAUAGAAGCCCAAAAUGAAAUACAUACCAAAGAGAAGGAGAAACUGAUUGAUAAGAUUCAAGCAAUGCAGGAGGCCAGCGAGCACUUGAAGAAACAAUUUGAAACUGAAAGUGAAGUCAAGAGUAACUUCCGGCAGGAAGCAUCUCGGCUCACUUUGGAAAACAGGGAUCUUGAAGAAGAAUUAGACAUGAAAGACAGAGUGAUUAAAAAGCUACAAGAUCAAGUUAAGAUGCUAAGCAAGACAGUUGGAAAAGCCAAUGAUGUGUACUCAUCCUCAGGACCCAAGGAGUACCUAGGAAUGCUGCAAUACAAGAGAGAAGACGAGGUCAAGCUCAUUCAGAACCUCAUUCUUGACUUGAAGCCCCGUGGUGUGGUGGUGAACAUGAUCCCCGGGCUCCCGGCUCACAUCCUGUUCAUGUGUGUACGCUACGCAGACUCUCUAAAUGAUGCCAACAUGCUGAAGUCCCUCAUGAACAGCACCAUUAAUGGCAUCAAGCAGGUGGUUAAGGAACAUUUAGAAGACUUUGAGAUGCUGUCUUUUUGGCUUUCCAACACUUGUCAUUUCCUCAAUUGCCUGAAGCAGUACAGCGGAGAAGAGGAAUUCAUGAAGCAUAAUAGUCCACAACAGAAUAAGAACUGCUUGAACAAUUUUGACCUUUCAGAAUACAGACAGAUUCUCAGUGAUGUGGCUAUACGAAUAUAUCAUCAAUUUAUUAUUGUAAUGGAAAAUAAUAUCCAACCAAUAAUAGUGCCGGGGAUGCUGGAGUAUGAGAGCCUGCAGGGCAUUUCCGGCCUGAAGCCCACGGGCUUCCGGAAGCGCUCCUCCAGCAUAGACGACACGGACGCCUAUACCAUGACCUCCGUCCUGCAGCAGCUGAGCUACUUCUACAGCACCAUGUGCCAGAACGGCCUGGACCCAGAGCUCGUGAGGCAGGCGGUGAAGCAGCUCUUCUUCUUGAUCGGGGCGGUCACGCUGAACAGCCUUUUUCUGCGCAAGGACAUGUGCUCCUGCAGAAAAGGGAUGCAGAUCAGGUGCAAUAUCAGCUACUUAGAAGAAUGGCUUAAAGAUAAGAAUUUGCAGAACAGCUUAGCAAAGGAAACUUUGGAGCCCCUCUCUCAGGCAGCCUGGUUGCUUCAGGUCAAGAAGACCACAGACAGCGAUGCCAAAGAGAUCUACGAACGCUGCACCUCACUGUCUACUGUGCAGAUCAUAAAGAUCCUUAAUUCAUACACACCUAUAGAUGACUUUGAGAAGAGAGUAACUCCAUCCUUUGUUCGCAAAGUACAGGCUCUCUUAAGUAGCCGGGAGGAUUCAUCACAGCUGAUGUUGGAUACCAAAUAUCUCUUUCAAGUCACAUUUCCCUUUACCCCCUCUCCACAUGCUCUCGAAAUGAUUCAGAUCCCUAGCAGUUUCAAGCUCGGCUUUCUAAAUAGGUUAUAGAAAGAGAAAAAGUCAGUGCACUAGCUGGGCACAGUGGCUCAUGCCUGCAAUCCCACCCAGCACUUUGGGAGACUGAGGCGGGUGGAUCACAAGGUCAGGAGUUCAAGACCAGCCUGGCCAAGGUGGUGAAACCCCAGUUCUACUAAAAAGUACAAAAAUUUGCCAGGCAUGGUGGCAGGCACCUGUAAUCCCAGCUACUCGGGAGGCUGAGGCAAGAAAAUCACUUGAACCCAGGCAACAGAGGUUGCAGUGAGCUGAGAUUGUGUCACUGCACUCCAGCAUGGGCGACAGAGUGAGACUCUGCCUCAAAAAAAGUCAGUGCACUUUUUCCUCAAAAGCUAAGUGAAGGUUCAGUAUGAGGGAUGUGGUUUAUUAAUUGGCAAUGGAAAUUGGAAUGUGAUUUAAGGAAGAAAAUAGACUUUUCCCAAAUGGACCAUGUCAUUUCUCACUCACAGUGACAGUGCUGCUACUGUAAUUUUAUAAGAAUUCACACACACCAGCUAUAGUUAGAAAAGCCAUGUCUCACUCUCGAAUCUCAGCUGGUUUUUACUGAAAUUCCUGGAGGGCUCACGUUUUCUUCCGCGUGCCUCUGUCUUGUGGCAGCGCCCUUACCAGGAGGGAGUGAGAUCUGGGGACACAGUGGCUUCCAAGUUUUCUUGGUUCAUGUGGAGCCUGGGUACAUUUACAAAGCCACAAGUAGAUUACAGGACUCAGUCUUCCAGGAAAUAAUCCCAUUUGGCCACCAUGGCCUGCCAAAAGCUCUCUUGCCCCAUGCCUCCUGGGGAUGGGAGGUUUUCAUGAACUCUUUUUACUGAAAAUGCCCUGCAUUUAAAAAUGUGUAUUUUAGGGGCCAGGUGCGGUGGCUCAAGCCUGUAAUCCCAGCACUUUGUGAGGCUGAGGUGGGUGGAUCACGAGGUCAAGAGAUCAAAACCAUUCUGGUCAACAUGGUGAAACCCCGGCUCUACUAAAAAUACAAAAAAUUAGCUGGGCAUGGUGGCGUGUGCCUGUAAUCCCAGCUACUCAGGAGGCUGAGGCAGGAGAAUUGCCUGAACCCAGGAGGCGGAGGUUGCGGUGAGGCGAGAUCGCGCCAUUGCACUCCAGCCUGGGUAACAAGAGAGAAACUCCGUCUCCAAAAAAAAAAUUAAAAAAAAAAAUGUUUAUUUUAGACCCUUCUAAUUUUUAAGAGAGUGUUCAAACUGAGAUGAAUCACAUGAAGUAUUUUUAUGUGUAUGUCUAUUUAAAAGUAAUAUAUUAUUAAAGCUUAAUUGCCAUGUCAUUUAUCUUCUCCGAAAGAAGUUUUCUUCAAAUCUUACCUGCCAACAUAUUCAUAUUUUUUUGUUUAAUACCUUUCAUACAAUAACUUUUUUAAAAAAACCCAGUUUAAAAAUGCAACCUAAUAAUUAUAUUAUCUCUCUAAUCAGCAUUUCAAUGUAUUUAUUUUUAAAUUCUCUCAUAAAGGUAACUAAAAAAUUAUGUCAGAACCUCCUUUUGAGAAAUCUGUGUUUCCCAAGUUUUAUGGGAACUGGCUAUUCCUUGUCCUGGCACACCUUCUCAUUCUUCCCUUUCACAGCCCAAAAGCUCAUCUGAUCAGCACUCCUAGUCUCUGACCUGCAGAUCCAGUGCUGUUCUGUUACCCCCCAAGAAUCCCAACAGUCACAGGUGAUAGCUGUGAUUCUAUAAUACAGACUUGUGUCUUAGGAGUAGGAAUAAUACAUGAUUAUGAAGCAAUAUCACCCUGCUAAUGUGUAAUAAUGUCUUUUCAUAUUAUAAGUGAUUUCGUUUAGCUCAUUUCAACACAUUGCACAUGAAAAAAUGAAAAGUGGAACUUUGUAAUACUUUAAUCAAUAAAAUUAAUUACCAAA